AUGACUGAGCCGCCAUGGCAGUUCCCCGCCGGCAGCUCCCGCCCAAAAAACCACCGAAGCUGUCCCCCACCUGCCCCCCGCCUGCCCGCGCCCUCCCUAGUCAUCACCAUCCCCCUGCCCCGCGGCAGCCGCCCCGAGGGCAUCGCACGCGCCUCAGACUCCGAAAUCUUCGUGGCCUGCCUCUCCGGCGCCAUAUUGCACGUCGACCUGCACACUAAGCGCGUCACCCGCGUGCUGGAGGAGCGUGGUGCUGCACUCAGCGGCGUCAAGUGGGACGGCGAGCAGGGCGCCCUGUUUGCAGCGGCGACGCUCUCUGGGAAGGCGUAUGUGUACUUCCUAGAGCGAACCGGCGCAGCCGAGGGCGGCGGCGGCGGCGGCGGUGGCCGGAGCGCAGGGGUUGGUGCUGAGGGCGCUCCGGUUCAGCAGGAGGGAGGGCAGAGGAGGGGGCAGGAGGGCAGCAGCGAGCGAAAGGAGGGGGCCGAGAAGGCGCCGGCAGGCGCCGACGAGGCUCGGCAAGGGGGGACACCCGGGACGCAGCUGCUCGGGAGCUCCAUUCAGCAGCCCAGCUUCAAGGACCCCGUUCCCGCAGCCGCAAGCGCCGCCCCUGGCGCGCCUUGGCGCGUGAAGCGGCGCGUCGCGGUGCAGCUGGCGCGGGUGCCGCCUUGGUACAUCAACGACGUCGCGCUCACACGCGACGCGGCCCUCUUCACAGACAGCGUUGCGUCUCGCCUGUUCUCCCUGCCGCGCUUCUUCGGGCCGGACGAGCAGCCCGUCGCGACUGCGUACGCGCUCGGGCCGCGGUUUGCCGUGCUGCCCGGCCAAUUCAAGUCGAACGGUCUGGCGGUGCUGCCGCCAGAGACGGCCAGCGGCAAGACAAACGCCAGCAGCAGCGACGGCAGCGGCGGCGGUGAGGCGGAGGUGCUGGUGGCAAACCUGCACGAGGGGGAUUUUUACCAAGUGGCGCUGCCGAGCCUCGCCGCCGCGCCCCGCGCCCGCGGCGCGCUGUUCGGGCCGGCGGCGGCGGGCGCGGCCGUGUCGCGCGUCGAGACGCCGGCUGUCGAGAGGAAGCGGCUGUUCCUCGACGGGCUGUGGCUGGAGGGGAGCUCGACUUUGUAUGCGGCCGACAAUUUCCACAAUAGGGUGGUGCGCUUCGAGCUCGUACGGAACCAGGACGGCGGUGGGUACAAGGCCGAGCCGACCUGCGUCAUCGCGCCGCAGGAUUACCGCACGCCGACGACGCUGACGAUGACAAACGGGGACGGCGGCGGCCGCGUGCUGUGGGCGGUCAACGCGCACCUGACGACGUGCCUGCCGUUUGUGCCCUGCCCGAGCCACAAGUUUGAGCUCAUCGGGGUGCGCCCCCAGGACUUCUGCAGCUGA